AUGGUUGCUAGAUUAUUUGCUACUUCAACUAGAUCUGCUCUUAAGGCUGCCAAGGCAAACUUGGCCUUGAACAGAGGUUUGGCCACCGCCGCCCCAGCGGUCGGUAAAGUCAAGUCUGUCAUUGGUGCCGUUGUCGAUGUCCAAUUCGAACAAGGUCAAUUGCCACCAAUUUUGAACGCCUUGAUCAUGGAAAACAAUGGCUCCAAGUUGGUUCUGGAAGUUGCUCAACAUUUGGGUGAAAACACCGUCAGAACCAUCGCCAUGGAUGGUACUGAAGGUUUGGUCAGAGGCCAAGCCGUCAACGACACUGGUGCUCCAAUCUCUGUCCCAGUCGGUAGAGGUACCUUAGGUAGAAUCUUGAACGUCAUUGGUGACCCAGUCGACGAAAGAGGUCCUGUCGAAUGUAAGGAGAGAAGACCAAUUCAUCAAGACCCACCUUCCUUCGUUGACCAAUCCACUACUGCCGAAGUUUUGGAAACCGGUAUCAAGGUUGUCGACUUGUUAGCACCUUACGCUAGAGGUGGUAAGAUUGGUUUGUUCGGUGGUGCCGGUGUCGGUAAGACCGUUUUCAUCCAAGAGUUGAUUAACAACGUCGCCAAGGCCCAUGGUGGUUUCUCCGUUUUCACCGGUGUCGGUGAAAGAACCAGAGAAGGUAACGAUUUAUACAGAGAAAUGAAGGAAACCGGUGUCAUCAACUUGGAAGGUGAAUCCAAGGUCGCGCUUGUUUUCGGCCAAAUGAACGAACCUCCUGGAGCUAGAGCUAGAGUCGCCUUGACCGGUUUGACCAUUGCUGAAUACUUCAGAGAUGAAGAAGGUCAAGAUGUCUUGUUGUUCAUUGACAACAUUUUCAGAUUCACCCAAGCUGGUUCCGAAGUCUCUGCUUUGUUGGGUAGAAUUCCAUCCGCCGUCGGUUACCAACCAACCUUAGCAACCGAUAUGGGUUUGUUACAAGAAAGAAUUACCACCACCAAGAAGGGUUCCGUUACCUCCGUCCAAGCUGUUUAUGUCCCAGCCGAUGAUUUAACCGAUCCAGCUCCAGCUACCACUUUCGCUCACUUGGAUGCUACCACCGUCUUGUCCAGAGGUAUUUCUGAAUUGGGUAUCUACCCAGCCGUCGAUCCAUUAGAUUCCAAGUCCAGAUUAUUGGACGCUUCCGUCGUCGGUCAAGAACAUUACGAUGUUGCAACCCAAGUUCAAGAAACUUUACAAGCUUACAAGUCCUUGCAAGAUAUCAUUGCUAUUUUGGGUAUGGACGAAUUGUCUGAACAAGAUAAGCUUACCGUCGAAAGAGCAAGAAAGAUCCAAAGAUUCCUUUCCCAACCUUUCUCUGUUGCUGAAGUUUUCACUGGUAUCCCAGGUAAGCUUGUCAGAUUAGAAGAAACCGUCAAGUCUUUCAGGGAUGUUCUUGGAGGUAAAUACGAUCACUUGCCAGAAAACGCUUUCUACAUGGUUGGUGGUAUCGAGGAUGUCAUCGCCAAGGCUGAAAAAUUAGCUGCUGAAGCUAACUAA